AUGACACAGGACGUCGAAGGACAUUGGAGCGACGCAGAGGAAGAGAUUGGGGGCCAGACUGCUGGCGACUCUUCAUCAACCGGAGCGCACAAGCCCGGGUCUGAAGACCUUGCAGCCUUAGUCCGGCGUCGCCAGGCCGAAAUUGAGGCUGCUCAGGCCAUGAGGACGGGGCCGUCGAACCCUUUGGACGCACCUCGUUUGGAAGAUGAUGAUAAAGGAGCUGGAGAUCCUGAGCUCUUUGGUUUCUCGGGUAUAGAUGACGAAGGAGGUAUGAAGGGUCAAUUCGAGGACCAGUCGGAAGAAGAGCCUGAAGAGGACAGCGAAGACUUCGAAGAUAGCAGCGAAGAAGCCGACGAUGACAAAGAAGACGGAAACUUCGGGGAGUCUCUCCCUGUGAAGGGCAAGCGCUCGCAAGCUACCCCGAAGAAGGUCUCACGACCGUCUCAGAAGCAGCUUGGAAAGCGGCCUGCCAAGCCCACUCCAAUAGAAGCCAAUACCCAGCCCCCCAAGUCAAAGCUUCGAAAGACUGGGGUUCCGAUCUGGCCGACGACUAUCAUCACCACUGGUACCGCCGGACCGAGUCUACGACAGGUUAUGGAAGAGAUGGGCCAGAUCCUGACGACAGACGCUGAGCGUCAAGAGUAUAUGCAUCUCGUGUGGACGCGUCGUCGAGCCGCCGAGGAAGACAAGGAUGCUACCGCCGAACAAGCAGUGCUUCAUGACCUAGAGACCUUUGUGCGUAAUCACGGCAUCGUAGACUUGCACAACCGAUGGGCACGAUGGAUGGAGUCUGGCGUCAAGACUGCUAUGCCCAUGUAUAAACCGGCAGGAACUGGUGUGAUGGAUGCGGAUGAGCGGAAGACGAUGUUCGAGAGGAAGAAAAGGGUGCGUCGGGGCUAG